AGAUAGAGAGAGAGAGAGAGAGAGAGAGAGAGAGACUCUUGAUUCACGAGUGUUGUGACCGGGCUGUACCGUUAUUGUCCCUGUGAGCGGAGCCAAUACAAGCGUCAGAGCAAAAAUCUACUGUGGAGAAUUUAAAGGGCACACACACAUCCACACGCACGCAUCCAGCCGACAUGGGGAAGGUGGAAGGAGGAAUGAAAUGCGUGAAAUAUCUCCUGUUCGUGUUCAACUUCAUAUUCUGGUUGAUGGGAUCUUUUGUUCUGGCUGUGGGGCUGUGGCUGCGUUUUGAUCCAGAAACUGUGUCUCUGCUCAAUGGAGAAAAGGCUCCAGACACUUUCUUCAUAGGGGUGUACAUCCUGAUAGGUGCUGGCAGUCUGGUGAUGUUGGUGGGUUUCUUUGGCUGCUGUGGAGCUGUGCGAGAAUCUCAAUGCCUCCUUGGUUCUUUCUUUGCCUGCCUGCUGAUCAUCUUUGGUGCUGAGAUUGCAGCAGGGGUGUUUGGGUUCUUAAACAAAGACAAGAUAAUCGAAGACGUUCAGAACUUUUACGCAACCACCUACAACGAAAACAAUAACAGCACAUUGAUCCUGUCAUACGAGAAAGUGCUGAACUGUUGUGGAACCAUAGCAAGCCAAUGCUCUGAUCCCAAACCGGGAACAAAGGACUGUGAGACAGGCAUCAAGGACUUCUUCAACAGUAAACUCUACAUCAUUGGGUACGUGGGCAUCGGCAUUGCUGGAGUCAUGGUUAUCGGGAUGAUCUUCAGUAUGGUGCUCUGUUGUGCUAUUCGCAACAGUAGGGAGGUCAUCUGAGCGAGAUCAUGGACUUGUACCAAUCACCACUCUCAAAAGACUGUACAGCCUUCAGAUCACAUGUCCAAUAUCCGUUGUGGGACCAAGGAACCAAAAAGUUCUCUUUCCACUGUGGUGCUUAACCCAGCUAUCCUGGCCUUAUUUACCACUAUUUU